UUCCAUUAAAAGCAUUAUUUUGGAGUAAAAUACCACCACAUAAAUUAAAAUCAACAGUAUGGGAAGAAAUACCUCUUAUAGUUACGAGAGAAAUUCCGAUAAAUCACACAGAAAUCGAAUUAUUAUUUCCAAAAAAUGCUAUAAAUAACUCGUUAAAAUCACCAACGUCACCAACUGGCACGAAAAAAAAUACAGUAGUAACAUUAUUAGAUUUUAAUCGAGCUAAUAACAUUGGUAUUAUGUUAGCUAGAAUAAAAUAUUCUUAUAUUGAAAUUAAAGGUGCUAUAUUGGAAAUUGAUGAUGAGAAGUUAUCUGUUGAAAAUUUAAGAAGUCUAAAAAAUUAUGUACCUAGUAGUGAAGAGAAAGAAUUAAUUAAAGACUAUGAUAGUGAUAUUAAUAAUUUGGGAAAUGCCGAAAAAUAUUUUAGGGAGGUUAUGGAAAUUCCUCGAUUGGCUGAAAGAUUGGGAUGUAUGAUUUACAGAAGAAGGUUUGAAAUGGAAGUUCAAGAGUUGACACCUACGAUAUUAACUAUUGGUAAUUUUAUGAAUCAUUCUACGUUUAGAGGAAAUGCUGCAGGAUAUAAGUUAGAUGUUCUCUUAAAGAUCCGCGAUACUAAAGCUGUAGAGAAUCCAAAAGGAAUAACAACAUUAUUGCAUUAUUUAGCAGCAACAUUAGAAGCAACACAAAACGAUCUUGUAACUUUUAUGGAUGAUUUACCACAUUUAGAAGCAGCAGCAAGAAUAUCUGUUGUAACUGUCAUAGCUUCAGUAAAUGAACUAAGUAAUGGUAUUGAUUUAAUUAAAGAAGAAAUUAACGUUAUGAAAAAUCUUCCAAUAAAACAAAAUGAUUAUUUUAUUAAAAAUAUGGAGGAAUUUGUGGAAAAAGCCGAACCUACAAUCAUAAAUAUACAAGAUUCUACUCAAAAAUUGGAAGAAGAAUUAAAAGAAUUAUUAAUUUGUUAUGGUGAAGAUCCAAUCACUACGAAACCCGAAGAAUUUUUUGGUAUGAUUGUGUCAUUUGGUUCUUCUUUAAUUAAAGCGAAUCAAGAAAAUGAAGAAACCAAGAAGAAAGCCGAGAAAGAAAAACAAUCGCGUUUGACUUUACGUCGUCCUUCUGAAGUACCACCACCAAAUUUAACUGCACUUGCAGCAAAAGGAGAUUUAGAUGAAACGAUAAGAGAAUUAAGAAAUGGACUCAAACCAAAUCGUUCACGUCCUGUAUCAAAAGUUUUUUCAGAAUUAAAUAUUAGUUCUUCAAGACCAGCUUCUAGAGUAUUUAGUAAUUCUUCACGGCCUCCUUCAAGAAUAUUUAGUAAUACUUCAAGACCCUCUUCUAGAAUAUUCAGUAAUACUUCAAGACCCCCUUCUAGAAUAUUCAGUAAUUCAAGACCUUCUUCUAGAAUAUUUAGUAAUACUCGUCCCACUUCAGGAAUUUUCGUUAAAUAA